AGGUACCCUGACACUAUCGCCACCAGCACAAUGCCAGUACUCGGAUCACCACAUGGGUAGUGAGCUACAUGCAGAACCCGGGUGAUUGGAACCCUCACGCGCAGCAGAGAAACCCGCCAUGGCACCAGUUCUCCUCACCAAGGAAAAGAUCCCCAGAAGCCGUCCAAAGCCCCUACUAUAACAGCAACCAGUAUCCACAACCCCAAUAUGUCCAAAAUAAUCAAUACCAACAACCCCAGUAUCACCCAGGCCAAAACUUCCAAGGACCUCAGUAUUAUGAUUACGACAGCAGAUCUUCAGUAGGCUUCAUCCAAUCAGAUCAUAGAAACCCCAAUGAUCCAAGGCUUCUAUCAGAUUCAGCAUUCACCAGAAUAUCAGAAACUCUUGGUGCCAUAAACACUGUGGGUCACUACCUAGUAGAGAUGGUCAGUGAUUCACACGAGAGCAAUGAAACAGAUCCGAACUUACAACAGCUACCUCAAGCCCUUUACACUAUAAGUAAAAACGUUUUGGGCAGAAACGUUACCGAUAAAAUAGCUCCUAUAGUAAAGAAGGCGUUACCUAAAGUGUUACCAGAUGCUCCUAUAACUAAGAUAGCGACAGCUGACCGCGUAGAUGAUGAAGACGAUGCUAAGUACUGCACAACUCCUGAAGGGCAGGAAGGUGUUUGCGAAGACUUGAGUAAUUGUCCCCAAUUGUUGUUGAACUUGGUGAAUCUCAGGGAGUCUUUGUGUUUCAAAGAUCUGUUUGUGCCUGGGGUUUGUUGCCCGAAAGAUGCUAUUGUGCCAAUUAUACAAUCGGAGAAACCGAUUGUGGCGUCGACGAGUAAGCCGACGUACUUAGUGCCUGUGACGACUCAGAAGCCUAAACCUGUGACGACGAAGAAGCCUUCAGCCGUCUUAGUGUUGACGACUAAGAAACCGAAGCCGUUAACCUCGACGACGAAGCGGCCAGCAGCCACGACUCGGCGGCCUGCGACCACGAGCCGGCGACCUGCGACCACCACCACGGUGACCACGCCGAGGACUCUGCCUACCACUUCAUACUACACAGUCGCACCUCCUGUUAUACAUAAUUUCUCCAACAUUGUUGACGUUGAUGACUGUGGUCAGCGUGAAGACGAGGGCGGUCGUAUCGUGGGGGGAACGGAAGCCAAGCCUGGAGCGUGGCCCUGGAUGGCAGCUAUAUACCUUCACGGCAGCAAACGGAGGGAGUUCUGGUGUGGUGGUACCCUGGUCGGGAAGAAGCAUGUGCUUACCGCUGCUCAUUGUACCAGAGACUCUAAACAAAGACCGUUCCCAGCGCGUCAGUUCAGCGUGCGGCUGGGUGACGUGGAUUUAGCACGAGAGGACGAGCCCUCCCGCCCCGUCACGUUGCGCGUCACCGCUGUUCGCGCCCACGACCAGUUCUCCAGAGUCGGCUUCUACAAUGAUAUUGCUAUACUUGUGUUGUCAGAAAACGUCCAAAAAUCGAAAUACGUGAUCCCAAUCUGCCUGCCCCACGGCGAACUAACCCGUCAGACGUUUGACGGGUCCGUAGCCACAGUCGUGGGUUGGGGCACCACUCGCUACGGAGGUGGAGAAAGCUCUAAGCAGCUGGAGGCCAAGCUCCCAGUGUGGAGGAACGAGGAGUGUGAUAGAGCAUACUUCCAGCCUAUUACUGAUACGUUCCUAUGUGCUGGGUACGCGAGGGGAGGGGUUGAUGCUUGUCAGGGUGAUUCCGGCGGCCCCCUCAUGCUACAAAUAAACGGGCGCUGGACGCAGAUCGGGGUGGUUUCGUUCGGAAACAAGUGCGGAGAGCCCGGCUACCCCGGAGUUUAUACCAGAGUGACGCAUUACUCAAAUUGGCUACAACAGAAUUUAAUUUAGGUGUUAAAUUAGCUAGAUAUCUGUUGUUCCUGCUUUAUCUGCGUAAAUUGACACGUUUUGUGCAUAAUUAUGGGCGAUAAUAUAAUAUUAAUUUAUGUAUUUUUAGUAGCCAUAAGUUAGUGUUCAAACGGUUGAGCAGGAACAUACAACAGUCAAUGCGUUUAGAUAAGUCUGUAUAAUAUGUUAGAGUAAAUGGAAAGUUCUAGGGACAGGACGGAUUUUGAAAAUUAAUGAGUUAAAUGUUUCAUUAAAAUCAAUUUACCACAUAACUGUGCUCGUAAGAAGAUCUAUGUUUGGGUUGUACUAUAACUUUUAAUUAAGAGUAUUUACCUACCCAUUUACUAAUAGUACAAGUAAACUAUACCGUUUUGAGGUGCUUUUUACCAUCUUCCAUAAUGUUACCAAAUGAACUCAUACAUAUUAAUAAUGAUUUAGUUCGAUAAGUAACUUAAGAUGAAAACUAUUUAAAAUAUUUAAUUUUCACUUCAAAUCUUCUGCACUUUAUCUAAUUUAUACACAAAACUUGUUCUGAGGAACUAUAAUUAAUAAAAUAUAUUGUGAUACUGUUUUAACUGACUGUUAGAUUUAAGUUAAAUAAAAAAACUUUUGAAAUACA